AUGAAAACAUCCUAAAUGAAUACUAGCACUGUAAACGUAAUAUAAUUAUUAUUUUCUAGCAGUAUUUAUCAUAAAUUAUCAUUAUGAAAGCUCUAUCUCUUUAAAGAGAAGUGUACAAUCUAAGUAAAAUGAAAUUUAACAGAGCCAACUGGAAGGUGAUGUACACAACUCGGUAAGGUUUAAAUAUGCUGUAUUCUAGUAAAAAGGAAAUAAGUUUUAACUUGAAAAAUAUAAAUCGAAAGGAACCUCAUUCGUACUUGAGAUGA